CCUGCCCGGCUCAGUGUCUCCUCAGCCCGCUAGCCCGGUUGUGGCUGCUGCGGCCGCGGCCCGUCCCGUCCCCCUUGAUCCGGGUACCACCGCAGCGGGGCGGCCCCUCCGCCACCGCCCCCUGUGCCGCGGCGGGAGAGCUGUGGGGCCGAGCGGCGCCGCGCUUCGGCUGGACUCGCUGCUGCUCACGGACCUGCCCGCUGGAGAGUGCAGAAAUGUCUCACUUCGAAAAUAAAGGACUAAUGCUGGGCAUAAUGGCAGGGACUGCUGGCAUAAGCCUGAUGGUGAUUUGGUACCGUAAGAUCCGAAAACCCCGUGCAGCUGUGUGUAUGCCUGCGCUCCUAAAUGCAAGUAACAGGCUUAGUUCUGUCAGCUUGCAGAAUGAAGCUCCGAAUGAGCAAGGAGCGGUAAUGGUUUUAUAUGGAAGGCAACUGCAGAUACUAGAAAAAUUGAAUGACUUGCUAGUGAAUGUGGACGAACUGAAGAGAGAGGUAAAAUUUCUGAAAGAAGCUAUUCCAAAGCUUGAAGAGCUUGUUCGUAAGGAGCUUCAGGGGAGGGGAGAUGCUCAGAGAGUAAGCCCAUCGCACAGAGCAACAAAGCGAAGAAAAACUGAGACAGCUUCUGGUGCAGCAGAAACUACCAGCUCUGAGGAGGCGGAAAGUGAAGGAGGUUAUCUUACAGCUCAUACUGAUACUGAAGGAGACUCUGAGGAAGAAAAGGGAUGUAAGAAAUCACCUGAUGCCAUUGCGAAAUCAGAAGACGAAGAGUUGUUUAAUUUUUUACAGCAGGUUGACAAUUUGCAUAAGGGUUCAGAGGAUGACAAAAAGGAGGGCUUCAGACUGCUGCUUGAGAAAGAUUACAAGUAUGAAAACUGUGUAGACUUUCUUUGGAGACUUGCACGUGCUUAUGGAGAUCUGUUUGAGAUGACUACUGAUGCUAAUGAGAAGAGGAAAUAUGUUGCUGAUGGAAAGAUUAUAGCUGAAAAGGCUGUUCAGCUGGAUGACAGGAGUGCUGAGAGUCACCAGUGGUUUGCAAUUAUGUGUGGCUAUAUGUCUCAGUUUGAAAGUGUACAAAACAAAAUCAGGAAUGGUUAUCUCUUUAAGGAGCAUCUAGACAAAGCAAUUGAACUUAAGCCUCAAGAUCCUUUUUUAUAUUACCUAAAUGGAAGAUGGUGCUAUUCAGUAGCUCAGUUGUCUUGGAUUGAAAAGAAAGUAGCUGCUGCUCUCUUUGGGACUCCACCAACUUCAACAGUAGAAGAAGCAUUGCAGAAUUUCCUUAAGGCGGAAGAAAUGCAUCCGGGAUAUUCCAAAUGCAAUUAUGUGUAUUUGGCAAAGUGCUGUAAGGAUCUUGGCCAGAAAAAUAAUGCACUGAAGUACUGUGAUUCUGCACUGUCAAUUCUUUCAGUUACUAAUGAGGAUAAAGAGGCCCAGAAGGACUUAGAAGCUUUACUUCUCACACUGAGGCUGUGACACUACAUGCUUUUUAACUCUUCAUGCUGUGAUAGAAUUGCAAAACUAAAAUGAGAAUCUGUAGUGACUGGGAACUGUGGGUAAAUUCCAGCUAAGUGAAUGGGAAAACUGUCAUUGAUUUUGGUUGGCUUGGAUCAUGGCAUUUAAGCAUCUGGUGAUUAUGAUACAAAAAUGGUGGAUUCAUUUAUUAUUAUUUAUAAUCUCAUACUGAAGUUAAUUUUAGAUUGCUGACACUGUCAGUCUGAUUCUCUGAACAUGAAGUCCACUGCUGGCAAUGGACAUACUGGGGGUUAGAAAGCAAAAUGCAUAGAUCUCACUCUUUGUAAGAUUAAUUGACUAGUAUGUGAUGCCAGCAUAGAACUGUCUGUAGCAAAAACAAACAAAUGUUUCUAUAGUAAAUUAUAUUUGUAUCAACUAAUUUACGUAGAUGUGUACAGAAGAAAAUCACGAAUGCCUAUGUUUACACAUUUUUCUCUACUAUUAUAAAAUUAGAAUCUUGUUGAAGUUAAAGCUGUCGCCUCCACAAAGCUCUUUUUAUUUUAAACCUAAUGUUGGUUUUAAAUGGAAAUGUGAAAACUUUACAAAUUAAAUAUUAAAAUUUAUUUUAUUUGUAAUAUGAAGUACAGUAUUAAAAAUCAUUCCAAUUGAAA